AUGUUCAAAUUUAUUCAUUUUUAUUCUCUUAGUUAUAUUUACUUUAGAAAUUGUUUUAAUACAGUAAAUUAUACAAGUUUGAGAAGUAACAAAUUUAAUGAAAAUAUUUGUUCACUAAAUUCUCUUUUCGCUAGAAAUAUUGUGAGAAAUAAUACAUUUAAUGAAGAUUCCUUGAUGGAAAGUAGCCAAAAUGAGAAGGUGGGAUAUUUGGAGAAGAAAAAUGACGAAAUUCUACUAAAAGUUAAUGUUAAACCCGGUUCAAAGCAAACUCAAAUUAAAGGAGAAGUGGAAGGUUGUUUAUCAGUUCAAAUCGCAGCUCCACCUAGAGAUGGUGAAUGUAAUAAAGCGUUGGUAGAAUUCAUUUCCAAAACACUCGGUAUAAAAAAGGGGAAUGUAACAUUAUUACAUGGUCAUAAAUCAAGGGAUAAAAUCUUAUCCAUUACUGGAAUUGACAUACAAGUGGCCUCAGAACUCUUUAUUAACUCUUAUGAAUCUAACAACUAAACUAUACAUAUAAUAUACUAACAUAUGAAUGUGUAUAAAAUAAAAUUAAGAGGCAACCCUAAAAAUAAUAAAACAAUUAAUCCUUACUUUAACAAUGUGUUC